AGAGAACAGAAUGCUCUGGACAUACUUCAAAGCAGGUACUUCACUUCUUCCUAUCGGAACCACAAGGUUUUUUUUCUUCAUUGUUCACCCAGAGAACCUAUUUGGGAUCCUGGAAUAAAACUCACAAAAGUAUCAGGGCUCCCUGAGUAUCAAAACCUCCUCCACUCCUCAGUUUUUUCCUCUCAAGCUUGUUCACACUGAGCCUUCAGCAAUUUGUUAAUGACAACUGGAGUGAUCCUACCAGUACUGGCCCCCACAGUGGGCUUCCGCUACAGCCAACCUUUGGAGUUCAACAUGAUUACAUCUCAGUCGCUGGAUUAUGUGGCAAUUUUGCUUUUCUGGGUCUUGAAAGCCAGCUGCCUGGAUACCUUCAUUGCAGCCGUUUAUGAACAUGCAGUGAUCUUCCCUAAUGUUACCCUAACACCAGUGUCCCAUGAAGAGGCAUUGGACUUGAUGAACCAAAAUCUGGAUCUUUUGGAGGGAGCAAUCACACUGGCAGCAAAGCAGGGUGCCCAUAUCAUUGUGACACCAGAAGAUGCAAUUUACAGCUUUGCCUUCAGCAGGGAAUCUAUCUACCCGUACUUGGAAGACAUUCCAGACCCUCAGGUGGAUUGGAUCCCUUGCAAUAAUCCCAACAGAUUUGGCCGCACCCCAGUGCAAGAAAGACUCAGCUGCCUGGCCAAGAGCAACUCCAUCUAUGUCGUGGCAAAUAUUGGGGACAAGAAGCCAUGCAGUGCCAGUGACCCUCAGUGUCCCCCUGACGGUCGUUACCAAUACAACACUGAUGUGGUGUUCGAUUCUGAGGGAAGGCUGGUGGCACGCUACCAUAAGCAAAACCUUUUCUUGACUGAAAGUCAUUUCAAUGCACCCAAGGAGCCUGAGGUUGUGACUUUCAACACCACCUUUGGAAAGUUUGGCAUUUUCACGUGCUUUGAUAUACUCUUCCAUGAUCCUGCUGUGACUCUGGUGAAGGAUUUCCACGUGGACACCAUACUCUUCCCAACAGCGUGGAUGAAUGUUUUGCCACAUUUGUCAGCUAUUGAAUUCCACUCAGCCUGGGCUGUGGGCAUGGGAGUCAAUUUCCUUGCAGCCAAUCUACAUUAUCGCAUAACGAAAAUGACAGGAAGUGGCAUCUAUGCACCUGAUUCUCCAAAAGCAUUUCAUUAUGAUAUGAAGACAGAGGAAGGAAAACUCCUCCUCUCGCACCUGGACGCCCACCCACGCCCCAGAGCAGCGGUGAACUGGACUUCUUAUGCCAGUGGGAUAGAAGCACCCUCAGUGGGAAACGGGGAAUUUAACAGCACUGUUUUCUUUGACGAGUACACUUUCUUGGAGCUCAAAGGAAUCACAGGAAAUUACACGGUUUGUCAGAAAGACCUCUGCUGUCAUCUCAGUUAUCAGAUGUCUGAGAAGAGAUCAGACGAAGUUUAUGCACUAGGGGCAUUUGAUGGACUACACACUGUCGAAGGGAGCUAUUAUUUACAGAUUUGCACUCUGUUGAAGUGUAGGACGAUGGAUUUACACACUUGUGGUGAAUCAGUUGAAACCGCUUCCACCAGGUUUGAAAUGUUCUCCCUCAGCGGCACUUUUGGCACCCAGUAUGUCUUCCCAGAGGUGUUGCUGAGUGAAGUUCAGCUUGCACCUGGAGAAUUUCAGGUGUCAAGUGAUGGACGUUUGUUCAGCCUGAAGCCACUGUCUGGACCUGUCUUGACAGUAACUCUGUUUGGAAGGUUGUAUGAGAAGGAUCCUGUACCAAAUGCUUCAUCAGACUUCACAGUACAAGCACCGAGAACACACACACACACCGGACAAUAUAAGCCAGGGCUGAGCUCUGAGGGAGGAAGGAGUCUGUAGCAGAAAAUAACAAACACCACCACGGAACAAAGACAACAAUGGUAGAACCUUCUAACAAAAGACCUCACGAGCUGUCCUGUCCCUGUGGGCUGUCCUGGCUGACGGCUCUGUUCCAGCGCUUCCUUUCCUCGCUCCAGUGCCUUUUCUUCCCUUCCCUCUGCUCGAGCACUUUCCUUCCAUUUCCCCUUCUGAGCAAUAAAGCGGCUGUUCACUUGUUCACUUGUC